AGGCGCUUCCGGGAGGUAGUGACGCAGGCUGUGGGCAUCGGCGCGAAGCUCUGCGAUCUAGCCGAACAAAGAAGUGUCUCGACUCGUUUAACUCUAUUUUUCUCUUAGUGGUUUGUGUUACCGCUUGCGUCGUGAUGGCGGAUAAAGAAGCAGCAUUUGACGAUGCCGUGGAGGAGAGAGUCAUAAAUGAAGAGUACAAGAUCUGGAAGAAGAACACGCCCUUCUUGUACGACCUGGUGAUGACCCACGCGCUCGAGUGGCCCAGCCUUACGGCGCAGUGGCUGCCGGACGUCACCAGACCCGAGGGGAAGGAUUACAGCAUUCACCGUCUGGUGCUUGGCACACACACGUCAGAUGAGCAGAAUCAUCUGGUCAUCGCCAGCGUGCAGCUGCCCAACGAUGACGCCCAGUUUGAUGCCUCUCACUAUGACAGUGAGAAAGGAGAGUUUGGUGGCUUUGGCUCAGUGAGCGGGAAGAUUGAAAUUGAGAUAAAGAUCAACCAUGAGGGCGAGGUGAACCGGGCCCGCUACAUGCCUCAGAACCCCUGCAUCAUCGCCACCAAGACUCCCACAAGCGAUGUGCUGGUGUUCGACUACACCAAGCACCCGUCGAAGCCAGAUCCUUCUGGAGAAUGCACCCCAGACCUACGUUUGCGAGGACACCAGAAGGAGGGCUAUGGCCUGUCGUGGAACCCAAACCUUAGCGGCUGCCUCCUCAGUGCCUCUGAUGAUCAUACCAUCUGCUUGUGGGAUAUCAGCACUGUGCCGAAGGAGGGCAAGGUGGUGGAUGCCAAGACCAUCUUCACGGGACACACGGCCGUGGUGGAGGAUGUCUCCUGGCACCUACUGCAUGAGUCGCUUUUUGGCUCUGUGGCUGAUGACCAGAAGCUCAUGAUCUGGGACACUCGAUCCAACAACACCUCGAAGCCCAGCCACGCUGUGGACGCCCACACGGCAGAGGUUAACUGCCUCUCCUUCAACCCGUACAGCGAGUUCAUUCUGGCCACUGGCUCCGCGGACAAGACCGUGGCUUUGUGGGACCUGCGGAACCUGAAACUCAAGUUACACUCCUUUGAGUCCCACAAAGACGAGAUCUUCCAAGUUCAGUGGUCACCUCACAACGAGACCAUUCUGGCCUCCAGUGGGACAGACAGGCGGCUCAACGUUUGGGACCUCAGUAAAAUUGGUGAGGAGCAGUCACCAGAGGAUGCAGAAGACGGACCACCAGAAUUGCUGUUCAUUCACGGGGGGCACACGGCAAAGAUUUCGGACUUCUCUUGGAACCCUAACGAGCCCUGGGUCAUCUGCUCCGUGUCGGAGGAUAACAUCAUGCAAGUCUGGCAAAUGGCAGAGAACAUUUACAACGAUGAAGAUCCAGAGGGGGCGGCCGAUGCCGAGGUCCAGGGCUGAGGAUUCAGUUGGACCCUUGUCACCCAAAGUCCUUUUUUUUUUUUCUUUUUUUUAAAGGACAUCGUGAACUUGGCAUGCGUUGCCAGUCCGAUUCCAUCACCCACCCACACUUGGAAGAACGAAGGCUUUUUUUUGUAUUUUUUAUUUAUUUUUUUCUCCCUUUCAGUGCAAAAAACAUUUUAUCUGAAAAAUCCAUGAAAAUGGUUUUCUAUCAUAAUGUAAAAACAUUUUUUAAAGAAAUUGGCUAGAUACUCAAGAUUGAAAGUAGCUGACUGUUCUGUUAAUAUAUGUUGUCAUGAUCUCCUCCAGCGCAUACUUGAUAUUUAAGCUUUGCCGGUAAUUUCAGAUGAACUAAUUUAAGUAAUGUAAGCGUGCCCUAGUGUUGAUAGACAAAGUGCAGCCUGUUUCUCCUGCUCGUGUCACAGUUGGUGAAGCACAGCCAUUGUUACCUCCUCCUCAGACCUUCGAGUGUCUGCAUUAAAUGUUGCCCUUUUGUCAAGUGACUCACACACUUGCGGGCUCAAAGGUUUUUGUAUGGUUCAUCAGCAGAGCUGAGCUCAGUGUUAAAGUUGACCUAAUGUCCGACCGCCCCAGUGAGUGGAGACCUGGCCUGGAAAGUCUAUCUGACGCCCUAUUUACUGCCACUUCACUCUUUACUUUCUGCUCUUUCACUUUGUUCCUUCUCCUUUCCCGUUACUGUGAUUUCCUGCAAUGUCACGUUGUUCCCGCACACACACACACACACGCACACACAUACAUUCCCUUUAAAGGUAAUUGUAAAAAGUGCAUUCUCAAUAAAUGUGUUUUGUAACUAAAUCGGGAAACAUGACUCUUAC